AUGCGUCUUCGGAGACUCGGUCUGCCUCAAUGUCAGGCGUGGUUAGACCACACUUGCAGGCACCUCUCCCGACAAUCUGCGCGUAACCCUCUCCUUGCGGCCCAAAUACGUGCAUAUGCCACUUCCCUUCCAGAGCCAACCCAACAAAAGACCGAUUCGAGGGAAAAAGUGGUUAUACUAGGGAGUGGUUGGGCAGGCUAUGUGCUCUCACGCCAGCUCGAUCCAAAGAAAUACCGAGUCGUCGUCGUCUCCCCUCGAUCGUACUUCGUCUUCACUCCUCUGCUCAACGACACCACCGUUGGCACUCUCGAGUUCCGAAACGUGCUCGAGUCCGUGCGAAAGAGAAACAGCCGAGUGGAAUACCUGCAAGGAUGGGCUGACGACGUGAACUUCCUUGAUAAAUUUGUCACCGUCGAGCCGUCUGUCCUAGACCCGGACGUAGGACGUGCCUUGACCGGGCCAAGAAAAGUGAAUGAAGAGCGGACGACAGAUAUGCUAGAAAGAACUCUCCACGCCGGAGGAACGGGCAAGGCCCAAGUGCCGACGUUCCCAGUCCGGUACGACAAGUUGAUCAUCGCAGUGGGAUGCUAUAGCCAGACGUUCAACAUAAAAGGCGUUCGCGAGAAUGCUAUGUUUCUGAAAGACGUGCGGGAUGCCCAGGCAAUCCGACGCCGCAUCCUAGAGCUCUUCGAACUGGCGCGUCUCCCUAUCAUCCCUGAAGAAACAAAACACUACCUUCUACACUUCGCCAUCGUGGGCGGCGGGCCCACGGGCAUGGAAUUCGCUGCGUGCCUCUCAGACCUGAUCCGCGACGACAUCACCAAACUACACCCAGAACUCCUCAAAUACAUCCAAAUCUCACUCUACGAUGUCGCACCCAAGGUGCUCCCCAUGUUCGACGCUAGUUUGGCCGAAUACGCUGUAAAGCAGUAUAAACGACGGAACGUGCAGAUCAAAACCAGCCACGUUGUAGAAGAACUACGGAAAGGAUUUCCUAACGACCCAGACGCUGCGCAGAACCAGGACAAACAGGUAAAAGGCCGGGUCUAUACGAUUCGCACGAAACAGGAAGGCGACGUAGGUAUCGGCAUGUGUGUGUGGUCAACAGGGAGCAUGAACAAUCCGUUCGUGGACAAGGCCCUGAACCAUGUACGCCGCUUCCCCGUCCGCUCAGCACACAUCACGCAGGGUGGCGCCACCGCGGUAGAAAACCCGAAUACCCGCCAAUGGAUGAUCGACCGUGACCCUCGAUCCGGCCUCGUUCUCGUCGACGAUCAUUUCCGCGUCAACCUCACCACCGACGCAGCGAUCGACGGGGAGGUCAACGGCGACCCAGACCACAAUCACGACCCGCAACCGCAUGCAUUCGUCCAGGACGUCUUCGCCAUAGGCGACACCACGAAACUCAAGUCCGGCGCCCUCCCCGCCACCGCCCAGGUCGCCAACCAACAGGCCCUGUGGCUCGCGAAGGCCCUAAACCAGUUCCCGGACCCGGAAGCGUACGCGAAGAACGAAGGCUUUACCUUUCGGAAUCUCGGCGUGUUUACUUACAUCGGCGGCGCCAAAGCCAUGUUGCAGGGUCCGCCGCCGGAUGGGAAGAGUGGGGGUGGUGGGAACAACAGAGGCAAUAAUAAGGCCACCGGGCUGAAUUUCCGUGGCUGGAUUGCUUUUCUUCUCUGGAGGGGCGCCUAUCUCACUAUGACGCUCAGUUGGAGGAAUAAGUUCCUUGUCCCUAUGCAGUGGGUGGCUGUUAGGUUGUUUGGAAGGGAUGUGAGCCGGUUUUGA